AUGCCCACACGAGAGGUACUCGCGUUGAAUCUCCAGGACUUUCAUGUCAACGCAACUGAAGUCGAGGAAGCGAUAAAACCAAUCAAAUCGGGCAUCUGCGAAGAAACCAAUAACGGGCACAGCUGCAACUCGCUGAACACAAUUACAACAACAGCAACAGCAAGUCAUGUUCCUACGGUACAAACAGUUCAAUCGUUACACACUCCGCGAACGGUCCAUGCGAAAAAAGAACCGGAUGGUAUGGGAUCGGCAUCAGCAGCUGCAACACCAUUGACUGUAACUGUUCAGCCGCCAGAGACUCAGCAAAUUCAAGUACAAUAGCAACAGCAACAAACACAACAGAAAGCGCAACAGCAACAAACCAAACAG